AUGAUCCUCGCACUGCUUUUGCUGGGCCUUAUGGCCCUUGUCGCUCCAUCCAUGAGUUACAGUUGCUAUGGUGAUAUAAGUACUCUUCAAGCCCCCAUGAUGUCCUGCACAGCCGUAAGAGCCCCAGACUGUGGACUUGCCAUGGUACGCAAGAUUGCUGAGGCAGAUGUCGUACGCCUGAGGAAAUAUGAGAUCCCGAUUAAGAGAGUAGCCAGAAACCUGUGCUUGGACCCGGCGCUCAUCGCUGCCAUCAUCUCGCAGGAGAGCCGUGUCGGCAUGCUCCUGGACAACGGCUGGGACCAGGAACGGCACAAGUAUGGCUUGAUGCAGCUUGGCAGGGAGCAACGCCCUUACGGAAUGUGGGAUAGUGAAGAACACAUAAAUCAGUGCUCAACUAUUCUGGUUCUUGCAAUUAAUGAAGUACGGGCAAGACAUCCUACCUGGACCUGGGACCAGCAGCUGAGAGGCGGGAUCUGCACCUACCGUGCAAAAAUGGGCAACGUCCGGGUCUACGAGGAAGACCCAUGCGACAGAGACAACAACUACGCCAACAGCGUGAUUAGGCGAGCCCAGUACUUUAAAAGGCACGGGUUCUAG